AUGGAACCUGCCCCCUCCAUAGCCACGCCUUUGUUCGAUGUUUUAGCCAGAUUUCGAGCCAACAACAUAGCUUUUAUUGGUAAUAUAGAAAAAGCUUUUUUACAAAUAUCCUUGUUUCCAGGCCAUCGAGACUAUGUAAGAUUUUUGUGGUUUAAGAACAUUGAUACUAUAGAUUUUGACAAUUUUGAUAAUAACGUUUUAGAGGAAUGGCGAAUUUGUAGAGUUUUAUUUGGUUUAACAGCCUCGCCAUUUUUGCUGAACGCAACGCUUUUGAAACAUAUUAAAAAUUCUGAUGACAUUGAUCCUAAAUUUACCGAACGAUUUUUAAAUUCUUUACAUGUCGAUGAUUUAAAUGGCGGCUCUAAAAAUGUUGACGAAGGGUUUACGUUUUAUUGUAAAGUUAAAGAUCGUUUAGCAGAAGCAAGUUUUAAUAUGCGUAAAUUUCAGUCCAAUGCUUCAAAACUUGAAGCUCUCGUUAACGAACGUUACAAAGGGCCUCUUGAGGUAAACCAUGAAGGCAACACAACAAAAGUUUUGGGAUUACAGUGGCUUAAAGAUAGUGAUAAAAUUGGGUUUAAUUUUGAGGAGAUAAAGCAGAAAUUUCAUGCGAAGCCCGAUACAACGAAGCGCAACGUAUUACAAGCAAUAGCGUCAAUUUUUAAACCACUUGGCUUGAUAAAUCCUAUUAUCGUUAAAAUGAAAACCUAUUUUCAAGAUUUAUGUAUUCAGAAUGUAAAGUGGGAUUCUCCUUUAUCGGAAGAACACUUAAAGAUAUGGUCAGGUAUUGUGCAAGAGUUACACGAAGUCCCCUCUAUUCAAGUUGAUAGAAAUUAUUGUUAUAAUGAUGAGAACGAUCCGUAUAAGUCUGUCCAAUUACAUGGUUUUAGUGACGCGUCUAAAGCAGCAUACGGAUGUUGUGUUUAUAUUCGAUUUGAAACAGAAUCCGGUAAGAUUAAAACUGCUUUGGUAUCGAGUAAAUCGCGUGUUGCUCCAAUUAAGUCACAAACCAUACCUCGCUUAGAAUUAUUGGGAGCUUUAAUGUUAGCAAGACUUGUUGUGUAUUCUUGGAUUAAAAACAGUGAUAAAAUUUAUAAACCUUUCGUACAAAAUAGAUUGACUGAGAUAAGAAGAUUAUUUGAUGUAAAAUGCUUGAAAUUAGUUGGCACUAAUGAUAAUCCUGCCGAUAUUAGUUCCAGAGGUUCUUCGCCAUUAAAGCUCUCCACUAGGAGUCUCUGGUUUGAGGGUCCAGGUUUUCUAUCUUUACUAGAAAACGAGUGGCCGCGUCUGCAAGUUGGAGACAAGUUCUUGCCGGAGUCUUCCUGUGAAGAGAAACUUUCAUUGAAUGUUAAUACAGAGUUCACGUGUUUAAAAAGUGACUCUGAUGUAGUUAAUGAUCCUUGUUUAUCUGAGAUCAUUAAAGUUGAUAAUUAUAAUAGUUUUAAAAAAUUGGUGCGCGUUACGGCGUAUGUAUUACGAUUUAUAAGAAGAUGUAAAGAAGAAAAGAAGAGAAAUGAAAAGAAGACUACUAACACAUUAUUACUAACAACAAGGGAGUGGCCCGAAGAUUUGUCGGUGGAAGAGAUUAAGUUUGCGAAAUUCAAGUGGUUAAAACUGUUUCAGUGGAAGGUCCAGAAUAACAAGAAUUUUGAAGUAUUUCUACUUGAAGUGAAACUUGGUCUUUUUAAGGAUGACGAUGGAGUUCUGCGAUGUAAAGGUCGUGUACAAAAUUCACCUUUACCAUACGACACUCGGCAUCCAGUGUUUUUACCUACACAAUGUGAGCUUUUGCCUCUUAUUGUUUCGGAUUCACAUUGUGCUGUUGGUCAUAAUGGACCACGUGACACUCUUUGUCACGUGCGUAAACAAUUUUGGAUACCGCGUCUCAGACAAGUUGUUAGAAAUUUAUUACGUAACUGUACAUUGUGUAAAAGAUUUGAAAGUAAAGCGUUUACUUACCCAAGUACUUCUGCGUUACCUGAUUUUCGUUUGUCGUUGAACUUUGCCUUCACAAAUAUUGGAAUCGAUUAUGCAGGUCCGUUGUAUAUACGAGAUAUUUAUUCACGUUCUGAUGUACAUAAAGCGUGGAUUUGUUUGAUUACUUGUGCUAGCAGUAGAGCUGUUUAUUUGGAUAUUAGUACUGAUCUGUCUGCUUCAGCUUGUGUUAAUGUUUUAAAACGUUUUGUAAAUAAAAAUGGAGCUCCGAAAGUUAUCAACUCAGACAAUGGUUCUAACUUCAUUAGUAAAGAAGUUCAACAUUUUGCAUCAUCACAUGGCAUUAAGUGGUGUUUUAAUAUUGAAGCUGCCCCCUGGCAGGGUGGAUAUUUCGAAAGGCUAAUUCAGUCUCUUAAACGUUGUUUGAAAAAAGUACUUUUUAAAACUUUAGUUGAUUAUGAAGAGAUGUUGACUAUUUUGUCAGCAAUUAAACGCAUACUUAAUAACCGUCCUUUGACGUUUAUUUACGACGAUGUUAACGAAAGUCCAUUAACUCCGAAUCAAUUAAUAUACGGAAAAAACGUUAGUAUCGAUUAUGAAGAAUACAAUGGCGAAAAAAGUGACGAGUUGACAGUUCGCGCGAAGUACAUAAAAACUGUGCUCGAUCAUUUUUGGAAACGUUGGUUAAAUGAAUACGUUGUCGAUUUACGCGAAUUUCACAAACAGAAGAAGAAAAAGCUACAGUCCUCUUACGAAAUUGAAGUAAACGAUGCUGUUCUUAUACACGAUGAUGUUAAAACUAGAGCAAAAUGGAAGAUAGGUCGAGUAACGGAAUUGUUGAAAAGCAAGGACGCUCGUAUACGUGCAGCAAAGGUAUUAGUCGCAACUUUGAACAAACUUUAUCCUGUUGAACAGUCUGAUCGUGACUACGAGAAUGACAAGGAAGAUAACGACGAAAUUAAAAUUGACUUUAUAAACGAAGAUGACAUCAUCGUUUUUGGUGGGGAGUGUUAA